UCUCUCAAGAAGAAGCAAAAAUGUCUUUUCUUUCUCAUAUUCCUUUACAAUAUUUCUUUCCUACUGGAAAAGAAAAUCCUUUCUCAAGACCUCUAUCUCCAUGGUCUUUCAUGACCAAAGCCUUCCCACGUAAACCCAUGCUCGCGCGUAUAGUACCGCUACCACCAAAACUUCCACUGAUACCUGAUAAGGAAAGACUUCAAGUCCUCCAGAAAUAUGAGAUACGUAUGGAGGACGUCACAUGAACCCUACUUCUACUUCUCUUACCCCUUUACUUCUACUUCUUCCUGCUCCAAUACUUCUUCUACUUCUCCUACUCCUCUACUCUUACUUCUCCUUCUACUCUACUCUUACUUCUCCUUCUCCCUCUUAAACUUUUUUUUUUUUUUUUCCUUAUAUUGUAAAAAUCUAUAAAUAAAUGCAUUGAGCAAAAGGAAUUACAUGUUAAAGUGUGAAAGCCUCUCUCUCUGGUUUAUGAAUUUCUUCAUGGUAUCAGAGCUUUGGUACCCAACUUAAGACCACACCUACAGGUUUUAAUGGGCCGGGAUAGGUCUUGGCCAAACUCUGUCCAAGCUUGGCCUGCAUUGUUCAAAGUAAGUCUAAACCCGGCUUGGGCCAAAAUAGUCCAGCUCGAUCCAGCCCAAAACAUUUGAAUAGGGCCUAGCCUGGGUAUGGCCCAAGGUGGAGAGAGAGAGAGAGAGAGAGAGAGAGAGAGAGAGAGAGAGAGAGAGAGAGAGAGAGAGAGAGAGAGAGAGGGAGAGGUUGUAGAGAUCGAUCGAUUCAUCGUCACGAGGUGGCAUCAAUUUAGGGUCAAGAUCGAUGGACAAGACCAUGAAACCCUAAAAACCUAGAAACUCAGGUUUUCCCAACCUUUGUAAGAAUUCAGGGCAGGGCUGGGGUAUGUGAGAUAUACAGGAAAUUCAUCAGGUGGGGCCCACCAUGAAUGUUACCUGGCCCAAGAAAUCAUGUCGGGUUACUGAUCAAAAGGGCCCCACAUGAUGAAUGGCUCAUAUUUGUGCUCUUCCUUCUUAACUUUUUUUUUUUUUCCUGGGAUUAACUGUUUUUGAUGUGUAGGGAGGUUGGUAAAAUAGGAAAACAUAGGAGCUUGGAGGAUACACAUGUUCGAGUGAGACAAUCCAUGCCACCUGAAAAGAUAGAAAUAUUCAAAUCCAUGGAGGAGUGGGCCACGAACAAUGUCUUGAUGCACUUGAGACCGGUCGAGAAGUCAUGGCAGCCACAGGAUUUCCUGCCCCACCCUUGCUCAGAAAAUUUCUUUGAUCAGAUCCGUGAAAUAAGGGCCCGAUCAGUGGACAUUCCUAACGAUUACUACGUAUGCCUGGUUGGAGAUAUGAUCACUGAGGAAGCCCUUCCUACGUACCAAACCAUGCUCAAUAGCUUCGUUGGUACGCAGGAUGAGACAGGUGCAAGCCCGACUUCAUGGGCCAUCUGGACAAGGUCUUGGACGGCUGAGGAGAACCGGCAUGGGGACCUCCUCAACAAAUAUCUCUACUUGUGUGGAAGGGUAGACAUGAGACAGGUCGAGAAAACAAUUCAGUAUCUCAUCGGCUCAGGAAUGGACGUGGGAUUGGAGAAAUGCCCUUAUCUUGGAUUCGUCUACACUUCCUUCCAAGAACGAGCAACCUACAUCGCACAUGCAAACACAGCUAAGCAUGCCAAGUACUAUGGGGACACCAAUCUGGCAAAGAUCUGCCACACCAUCGCUGCGGAUGAGAAGCGUCACGAGACAGCCUACACGUUGAUUGUCGAGAAGUUAUUCGAGAUCGAUCCGGACACCAUGAUGCAAUCCUUUGCCCACAUGAUGAAGAUAAGGAUCACCAUGCCGGGCCAUCUGAUGUUCGACGGUCAGGAUCAUGACCUUUUCCAUCAUUACUCUAGUGUGGCCGAGAGGAUGGGUGUGUAUACAGCCCGGGAUUACGUGGAUAUGGUGGAAUUCUUUGUGGCGAGGUGGAAGGUCAAUAAGAUUACUAUGGGUCUAUCUGGAGAAGGACGGAAGGCCCAAGAUUAUGUGUGUAAUCUGGCCACAAGAUUGAAGAAAAUAGAAGAAAGAGCUGUGGCUACAGGCAAGAAAUCUUGGGUCAUUCCUUUUAGUUGGAUUUUUAACGAAGUUGUUUGUAAUUAACUAGAAAGAAUAUUUCCUUUGGGAAACCAUUGCUAAGUCCUAAUAAAGUUAUAUGCAUAUCAUGAUAUACGGUUAUGGGUUGUUUUUAAGGCAAUUGUGAGGGUAGUAUUGGUCAGCUGUUAUUAAUUUUGUAAUCAAACUAUGAU